AUGUCGCACUUCCAGUCUUUGGCGGCCCCUUGGUCGCGAAGCGCACGCCGCGAAGAUAUUCCCAGAACGCCAGAGCCUACUUUGAAUAGCGAAACACAUCCACCAUCACCGCCCAGGCCCCGAUUUCGAAUCAAGAGGAGGAAUGCUUCCAACCUCAAUGCGCCUACUGAGCAGUUUCUUGCGUCAGUCGCUGCUGCCGACAUUCCCAUUCCCAGCAUCGAGGAGCCUCGCGUUCUUGACGAAGAGAUGGCAGAAACAUUGUACCCCAUGUCACAAUUCAGUAACCUGUCUGAUCUGCCCUUGACGCCGCACGAUGGUCUCGAUCGCAAAUUCUCGCCUCCUAAGACACCUGCUCCUGAUGCACUACCAACUUUGUCACCAAAGCAAUAUCCAAACUGGUCUCUCGACUCUACCCUCAGCAGCCUCGACUCCAGUCCCGAUUAUGAGUCUAGCCGACCCUCAACCGCUCACUCGACCCACACGAGCGCUUCCUUGUUGAGCUACUUUUCUAUCAGCUCAGACGAUUUGAGUCAAUGUGAUAGCCCAGAAAACGAGAAAGCCGAUUUCAAGGAUGACCUGUCAAAUGUCGACGACAAGAGCAAGACCUUGAAACCAGCUAAGAAGGAGGUUUCAAGAGAAACGAUACGCAAGGCGCCUUGGACAAAGCCUAUGAAUCAGCACCUAUGGUCUACAUAUAUGAUGUAUUUGCAAGACCCGAAAGUUACACCUUUUCGCAUUGGCAAGAGCGGAAUCCCUCCUCAUGGAGUCUGCUUGCGCGUUGCUCGCGAAACAAAGAGGAGCUGGAAAGGAUCCAAGGCUCAUGGCAAUUAUGACAUUGGUAGUGGUAGCAUCACCCCUACCCAAGGAGCUGCUGGCCCAUAUGUUCAGUGGCCCCAUACCUGCGCAGCCACCCGAGCCCAACUUCGAGAACUUUGCAAGAUGAAUGCCAGGUCUAAGACACGAGGCUCACAAUACAAAGCACCCAGCCCUUCUCUAUUUAACAAAUCUACGGUUCGCUAUCGAAACCGUCGCACAGUACUGGCACGCUCACCAUCAGUCUUCUCCGGUCAAGAUAUGGCUAUUUCACUGGCAGUUAGUACAUCGGAUUCUAUGCAAUUGCAGGGUCCUCUAGCUCAAUUGACCAACUCGGAGCCUGAACCUCGAACCGAUGAACUUUCAUUGCCACCACAAAACAACGGGACCCUGGAGCCCCCAGAGUUGCCUCGUCCACAAUUGGCAUCUCCUUUUGGCGCUCGAAGCUAUGGGCCUAGUUCGUCAAGCUCGCUACCCUCGACCUUUGUUGUGGAUUCAAAGUUGCAGAGACAAACUCACACUGGCGGCCCGCGCCGUGGUCUAAUGUCACCAGUCCGACUUACACGAAGUCGAUCAACCCACAAGCGCCGACCCAACCAUUUGGAGACCAGGAAGAUUAAGCGACCCAGUCUCGGCUCCGACCUGUGGGUUGAUCCGGCCUCGCUUGUCGACCUGUCAGCCACUGAGGACCAAUUCAUAACGCCUCGCACUGAGCCUGAGCUCGACACUGACGUCGUUGUCCCACGUAAGAACCUUCAACAGCUCUUUGAAGCUUCGCAACCCCCGCCUGUACAGCAGCAGACGCUAGCACCCCCAUUUGGAGAGAUGCCCCCUCGACUAGGCUCGCCCUUUGCUCUUGGAGGAUCUAGCUUUUCUUUCCCGAAUCGCCUGUCGCACGGGGCCGCACCUGAUUCGGAUGCUAUUCGCCGACCCUUUGCUACCGUCCAACAAUCAAGCGAGAACAACACUGGACUUACCCGCGCAUCGUUAGCAAGCCGACUGGCCUACAUUGACGAACGACUUAAGGAUUUCCGUCGUCGAGACCAGCCACGCCGACGAUCCGAAUCGCCGCUCUAA